AUAAACCGACACAAUUGGGUUUUGAGCUUUUUACCGUUAAACAAACACUUUGACCCUUCAAUUCCUUUCAAAUUGUUCAGUGAUCCCCUCAGUAACUUCCCUUUCCAACUCAAAAACACAACAUGAACUCACCCACCAUCGAUUGUAUCCAAAACUACGAACCCAUGUUGAAAGAAUCCAUCAAUCAGUUCUUGACCUCAUACCGAAAUGGAAUGUCAGAUUUCUCUGAUUUCGAAUCGAUUUCCUGUCGGUUUUUCCAAGCAACGGCCGACCCAACUCUCGAAAUCAUCUGGUUUUACUCAGCAGUUGUAUGUCACCGCUCUAAGUCAUCAACCCUUACACUUCAAGAACCUUCAAAGAAAAUUUUGUUGGCUAAUGACUUGUUUCAGUUUGUACUUUCUUGUUCGACCCCUUGUGAUGGACUAAAGAAAGUUGCUGUACUUGCUCCGGUUGUAUAUGAAUUACACAACUUACUAUGUGAAUUUUCGAAAAAAGAUUUGUGUCUGAAGACAGGGAUUGAGGGUUUAAUAGAGAGGAUUGUUAGUUACAUUAGUUUAUGGUGCGGUAAUGAUACGAAAGACCAAGAAAAAGGGUCGGAUAAUUCGAUGGUGCGUUUUCAAGAUUUGGUACGAGUUUGGACGGUUGAUCGCAUUGGGGAGAAUUGUAGAUUUGGGGAUGUUUUAAAAGUGUUUUUUCCGCUUUUGAGUGAUGAGGUUUGUAAUGGGUUGAUUAAGAAUUGUAAGAUUGGGUAUCUAGCUGGGAUUGUUAUGAAUGAGGUGUUUUUGUUGAGCCUAUAUUUGAAAUUUGAUUUGGGGGGUUCAACCGAAGAAUUGCAGAAGGACCUGAAAGAUUGGGCGGGUCAGACCAUCAAUGGGUUUCAGAAUUAUUACUUUCUUGAUACACUUCUCAGAAUGCAGUUGGAGCCAAGUUUCCCUGUCACCACCCUAUUGAGUCUUAGGGAUGCAGUUCUGCUACGGAAAAUGCUGUUUGAUACUGUGAUAUUGGUUGACUAUGCGUUUAUAAAUACCGGUAGAUGGACUCAGCUACCUGGCAACCACUUAAAAGAUUUAGCUCUGCUAUGGUUAUUAGUUGUUGACAGUGCUAUACAGCUUGCUAGGGUAAAUCAUGAGCAAUCCAGGGUCAUUUCAUAUGAAAAUGCCUUCUCUGAAUCUAUCUUGCCCACUCAGCUAAUUCAUUGGGUCACUACUCAAACCUGCAUGGAUGAGAAAACUAGGAGGCCAAAUAUUUCCACUCCUGAAACUCUUAUUAGUGAGUUGCUUCUUUCUUUUACUCCCUUGUCAGUCACCUUAGUUUUCCAGCCUUCAGCUCCUCCGAAGCAGCUUGUCUGGUUACAAAUCUUUACAUCCCAUCUGAUAUGAAUUGAUGCCCUAUAUGUUGGCAACAGCUGAAUGCUGCACUGACCCUAAUUUACAGGUUUUUUUGUCCCCUUCUUUUCCCCUUCUACGAGUGUUUCUGAUUUGCUAACCAAACAAUGCUAUGAGAGGAUGAGCUAGGUAGAAGCUGCCCUGUUCAUUAGUGGCUAUUGUUCCUGGAAGAUAAAGGGCAUCGAGUAAUUGAUCAUAACAUAUUGAAUUUGCAUCCUAAAGCUGCAAUUUGGAUGUCAAGAUUGGACUAUGAGUGCCCUGAAUCCAAGCUAGAUGGUAAAAAUCCCAGUGAGAAUAUCUUCUUCAAAACUGAAAGAGGGGAAGAUAAAGUCAAUGUGGAUCAAGAUAUGGUUGAUUCAUUGGAUAAUGCAUUUCCAGCUGCUCACUGCAUAGGAAGUUUAACAGCAACUGAAGGGACAAGAAAACGCAAAGAAGGAACGAGAGAUGGAGAAACACAGGUUAAGCUAGCCAAAUAUAGCCUCCCCAAAAAUUGUAGCGGGCAGAGGAUUUUCCCUUCUUCUGGUAAUGAUGGUUUGAGCAGUGGUGGCAGGGUUGAAAAUCCAGUCCAUGGUCCUACUAAUAGGAGUGAAGUGCACAAUCCUAUGUCUGAUGAAGAUAUGGAAGAUAUGAACUGAUUAGAAAUUGAGGCAACAAUUUUUUUGCACAGGAAAGAAUAGUUGGGUGUUUGCAAUAUUCGAUCGUGAUCAUGCUCCUCCGUUUUGGUAGUAUGAGAGGGGGCUCCGUUUUGGUAGUAUGAGAGGGGGCCAUAUGAAUUACACCAAGUUCCUCGGCUUCUAGUUUGUAUAAUUUUUCCUCUGUUGGGUCUGCUAAAAUGAAUUACACCAUUUCUGCAACUUACCCACUCCAUUGUAGAGGGAUGCUUUGCUUA